AUGGGCCAUGCCUCUAGCACCGUUGUAACGAAGCGCUCGGCGCUCAAGUACGCUAACAAGAUCCCUGCCAUAAUCACUGCUGCACCGAUUAUACCAAAUGGUGCUGCCAACAUCGCUGCUCUAGCACUUUGCGAUGGCAAGCUCCCAUGCUGCGACUGCAAGCUGCGCGACAAGCCCCAAGGCUGUCGAUAUGCAGACGGUGCCAUGCCACGGAACCGAGAAGCAGUGUCUCCUUACGGUAGCGCGACGACCAUGUUCGCCCACAGCCCGCAGUCGGCUACGGGCACCAUACCUUUGGAAUCGGAAAGCAGCAAGGGACAUCAAAUAAGCAAGCUUGGGUACGCCCGAACCGGCUCUUCAACGGCAGAUUUUCUGGAUAGAAUCGAUGUCGAUGAUGAUGAGGUCAUGGGCGAGCUCGAGAUGUGUCCCACUGCGAGCCAUGGAGAUCUCUGGGGGCGUUAUAAAUCCCUGGUCGAGCAGCUACCAACACGUGAAUGUAUCGUGAGACUAACUGAUUUCUACUUUCAAAAAAUCAAUUGGCAAUACUACGUCUUGGAUGAAAGUUCAUUCAGGCAGCAGCUCCAUGCUUGGUACCGGCUUGACUUGCAGUCAUCCGCCGCAGAAAAGUUUGAAGCUCUUCCCGCGGACGUGAAGGCUUUUCCAGCUCUAUUAUUAGAGGUCGCCGCCACUUCUUUGCUAUUAAUCACACCAGAUAGGGCGCUGGAGCUGGAUGGUCUCAAGCAUAUUGGCAGCACGUCAUUCGAAACCAUGGCUGUGAAAUACAGCGAGACUGGCAUGGCCAUGCUGAACCUUCUUGGAAAAACCCAGGUCUCUUUAACAACGGUUUUUGCGGACUUUCUCCGCGUUGCUUUUCUCAAGUACUUUGGACAAGUGAUAGAAGCAUGGCACGCCCUGGGACAAGGCGUCAAAGAUGCACAGGAGAUCGGGUUGCAUCGAGCCAGUCGAGAUCCAAAGCCUCGCACGGACGAUAUUGCGACAGUCUUCGAGAACCAAAGGAUUAUUCAGGAUCGUCGGAGACUCUGGAUGCUUCUAUCUGGCUGGGAUAUUCACACGGCUAUGGUUCUUGGACGGCCUGCGGCUAUUGACGACAAGUCAGAGCCGAUGCUUCCAGUCGAUGUACCUAUCACCGCAAACCGGCCGGUGGCUCCGGUCCUGCCCAGAGGCGCGGAUGAUGUCCCAACACCUCUCACGCGUGCCAUCUGGGCGUACCGAAUUAUGAAGAAUCUUCGGCAGAUUCAGGCUUUAGAAAAGGAAGGGUCCUGUCCCGAACUUUUCUCACAGGUUGACAAUCUUGACCAAGAGCUGCGGCAGCUUGACCAAAGCAUCCCACCCUAUUUCCGUCGCCGCAAUCCUGACAAGAGUUUUGAUUCAAUUCCCGAGUGCUACUGGUUACCAAGUGCAAGGGCCACUCUGCCACAGCUCUUAUCCUUCAACCUGAUGGCCUUACACCGUCCAUAUAUUUUCACACGCUUUGAAAGCCGGUCACGCGCCCUGGAGGCUUGUCUCGACAUGCUCCAAGCACAAAGAGAACAUUUUGACUCAAUCGAUGAAAACCAGUAUAAAACCUUCUUCUUGUUUUUCGGCACCUUUGAUGCUAUUGUGCUAAUUGCUUCGAUAUACAUCUUCUUUCCAGCAGAUCAUUGGGACAAGCUCGCUCAGGCGAUGCAGCACUUUCAGUGGUCGACCGAGCGGUUUGAGACAAUGUCCGGUCACAAUUCCCUUGCCAAAGCAGCGGCUGUCACACUACGUACGUUUUCCGCACGACUCAAGCAGACUCUUCAAUGGGAGGCGUGCUAUCCUUCGGUCGAUGAUCUACCUAGCUCGACUAUUACUCCAGGCUCGCACAUGCAGGCUUGGAGCUUUCAAUCUGAGCUCGAUAGGCAAUCUGAGCUCGAUAGCUUGGUAUUUUACUCCGACGCUAUAUCAAGGUGCUCAGAUACAGGGGUGUCGCCUUCCGGACCGAAAAUGCAGCUAAGAUUCCCGAACGAGGGACCACCAGCUGCACUAUUUGAUUUAUCUGUUAUUGAGCCUACCUAUGCAACAAAUGAUCUUGUAUACAACGACUUGAUCGGCAGUUUGGAAUUGCAAACUCCUUUUAGUCCUAGUUCUAACCCUUGCUUACCUCGGUUCAAUGGUAACUUUAGCAACAAUAGUAUAUGGAGUAUACUAAAUAAUAGCUUUUACUAUACUAAGACAUAA